GAAUUUUUAUUCUCGUAAACCUGAUGGAUUGAAUGGAGCUCUGAAAGAUGUUGGCAUUGGGUUCGAUGGCCGGGAACACUCAGGUAAAAGUACUUUUAUUAUGUUGAUGAUUUUAAUUAAAACUUGUAUUUACAAACUGAUAAAUCUAGAAGGAGAAAAUAUUCACAUUUUUUUAUGUCGGUUACUAAAAUAAAACAUAAUCUUAUUAAUUAAAUAAUGUUGCUUCUUUCAGGUCUUGAUGAUGCUCGUAACACAGCUAGACUUGCCUGGAGGAUGAUAUGUGAUGGAUGUAUCAUGACUUUGACCAAGACAUUGAAGAUGGUACACAAGUAAUGCAAGUGUUCAUAUUUGCUUAAAAAUUCAUUUGCCAAAAACCCAUUUUUUAAACACCAAACUAUUUCAGUAAAGUUUGAGACAAGUUUAAUUUUGAUUUAUUCUAACCAAAGGAUUCACCAUUUAAAAUUGUAUUUCUGACACCAACUACUUUAUUAUUUGUUGUUUAUUUAAUGUCUGGCAUAAAUUCAAAAUUAUUAUUAUAAAAAGCUUUAUUAUAUGAUCACUUGCAGCUUUUUUUUUUUUUUUUUACAUUUUAGUACCCUAGCAUCAUUAUUUUGAAAGAAUUAUAAAUUUUUUAUACAACUUUUCAUUGUAACAUCCAUCCCUGUGGUGCUACAGCACAUGGAGGGCUUUGGCCUGCCCACCACUAACCAACUACUUUAUUAUUUGUUGUUUAUUUAAUGUCUGGCAUAAAUUCAAAAUUAUUAUUAUAAAAAGCUUUAUUAUAUGAUCACUUGCAGCUUUUUUUUUUUUUUUUACAUUUUAGUACCCUAGCAUCAUUAUUUUGAAAGAAUUAUAAAUUGUGUAUACAACUUUUCAUUGUAACAUCCAUCCCUGUGGUGCUACAGCACAUGGAGGGCUUUGGCCUGCCCACCACUUCCUUCCACUCAGACCUAACUAAUGCUUUUCUUUGUAACUCUUUUAAUGUUUUUAUACAAAUUUAAUUUUUAAGCAUUUUAAAUAAUCUUCAGUAAUGUGUGAUUUACAUAUGGGAAGUUUGUAUGAAGUUCCUUUUAAUUUAUCUCCAGAACCUGAUGAGUAAAGUGGAAUCUCCAUCUCUUCAGGCCCUGUCACUGCACUCCUCUAAGACAAAAGUUCCCUCUAACCAAAAAGUCACCAAUGCACCCUUUGAAAUAGCAAGAGAUGUAGGCAAUAAAACCAGUGAACAGAGAAAUUCUUGCUACAAUUCUAAAAUAAAGCUGUCUGAAAGAAAUUUGAAUGUAAUACCUAUGCAUGUUGAUGAAGAUAAAAAAGCAGAUGCCAGUCCUAGUAUUUAUAAUUCUAAUUUGAAUCAACAAACAGACAUAACUUUGUCUGAAACCCUCACGGCUGAUCAAUGUCCUUUGUUAAAAAUGGGCAGUAAAUCAUUGAAGUUGCCAACCACACCAGUUUCGAGAAUACCUCUGCCCUCAAAUUCGUCAUCAUCUGUUAAACUUCGGAGCUUGACUUUCCACAACGGUGUUUGCAAUGCAGCAGAAUCAAAAGCUCCUACAUUAUCUGGGCUAAGCUCUGCAUCCAAAUACCCAGCUGCAUCUCUGCCACCAAACAGCCUAUCUAGCAAUACGUCGGACAAUUCGUGUUGUUUACCUGUUCCAUUGAAUAGCUCAAGGAGUGGGGUGACAAAAACAUCUACAGGAAUGCUGCAGAUUACUAGGAGCACUUUCACUUCAUUUUCAUCAAAUUCAAACAAAAGUCACAGCUCUACCACUUCAGAAUCUUCUGCUCCUGCAUUUACAGCUCUGAAAGCCAUAGGGCAUCAGCCUUCGGCACCACCACAGGUAUCAGGGGUGAAAACUCUUGGGCUUAAAGCAUCCAGCAGCGUGAACAAAGUUUUACCGGCACCAGUACAUACGUCUUUCAAAACACCUACAAGCUUGGAUAGAAAUAAUUCAUCCUUAUUAAAAUUUAAUUUAAAUAAAAGUAAUGGAGUUAAUUCAUCGUUUAAAACACCCAUCAGCAGGAACAUGAACUUGUCACUCAAUAUGAAAGCAACUCCCCCUCUUUGUUCCUGUGGACGUAGGUCAAAAAGGAGACUUGUUCAAAACCAGGGUCCAAACACUGGGCGUUGGUUUUUCACAUGCUCUGUUGCUAGUUCAUCUGUCAGUGCUGAUAAAAAAACUGGGUGUAAAUUCUUUCAGUGGGAAUCCCCAGUACUUCUCUAUUCAUAAUUGUCAUUUUUACAAAGAUUUUAUUUAUAUGUUACAAAGUGAGCUACUUAACAAAUUUUUUAAUGUAAAUUGAACAGAAAUUACUUUUACUAAUUUUAGUCCUAGUUGCAUUUGUUUAAGCCUACAUUGUCUUAGCAUUUUAACGGUUAUAGCAUUUUAACGGUUAUAGCAUUUUAACGGUUAUACUUCAAUGACUAUCUCUUGUGAGAAUGUCACAAUUUAAUUUUUAACUGUAUGUGUGAAUUUUUUUUUUUUUAACAGUUCAAAUGGGUAGUUGCAAUCUUUUUUACUAAACAUCUAUCUAAUAACAUGGCCAUAUUAGCUACCUACAAUGUCAAUACUUCUGACUUUCCAGACUGAUACUCUUAUAUGUUUUAUGAUAAUGUUACUUGCCUGCAUCCUUUCAGAGAUAUUGAUUACCUUUACCUCAGGUUUAACCAAACCUCAAGUUUCAUUUGAAUUCAAUUGUAGCACAGUAGUAGCAUACUUCAUUUUGUACAUAUGCCCACAUCAGUCUGCUAUGCUUGCAACUGAAUGUUUAUGUCAUAUUACCAAGUAGUUUUCACACUUUUAAAUUGUAUAUUUUAAAUGCUACAUUAGAUGCCCAAAUGGCUCCUGGGUCUGAAUGAUGAUGAUGAUAAAAUGCUACAUGCGCCUAUAGAUUUCGAUGAAUGUGUUGCAUAUAAAUUAUCAGAAUAAACAGAUGAGUUAUGGCUGGUUUAGCAUUUCCAGCA